AUGGUGACUUUUGCCGGUAAAUUGGUGCUUGCCCCAAUGGUGAGGGCCGGAGAGCUUCCCACGCGACUUUUGGCGCUCAAAUACGGUGCCGACCUCGUUUGGUCGCCGGAAAUCAUCGAUAAGAAACUUCUGCAAUGUACAAGGCAAGUGAACGACACCUUGAAGACGAUAGACUUUGUAGUUCCAUCCGUUAAGGACGGAAAGCCACCGACGGUAGUGUUCCGCACAUUUGCAGAGCUUGAGCGAGGCAAAAUUAUUUUCCAAAUGGGGACAUCGACGCCGUCGCUCGCUGUAGAAGCAGCUCGCAAAGUUAUACAAGACGUCGAUGGCAUCGACAUCAACGCCGGUUGCCCGAAGCAUUUUUCGAUUCAUGCAGGAAUGGGGGCCGCUUUAUUGCAGACUCCAGAUGUGCUUUGCAAAAUCCUCACGUCGCUUGUAGAGCAGAUUGGGAAGCCGAACAGUAAACCCAUCAGCGUGAAAAUACGGAUCUUGGACUCAGAAGAUCUGACUUUGAAAUUAGUGAGGAGGCUAUGUGCCACAGGCAUCAGUAACUUAACUGUGCAUUGCAGAACCACGCCAAUGAGAAACCGACAAGCUCCGAUCAGAGAUUAUCUGCCCCGCAUUUACGAGAUUUGUCAAGCACACGGUGUAAGUCUUAUCAUGAACGGUGCCCUUCAGAACCGUUUGCAUUUCUAUGAAAUUCGCAAGGAAAUGGGACUCCCCACCGAUAUUGGCGGUAUGAUGGCAGACUGCGCCGAAGAGAAUCCAACCGUUUUCAGUGAAACCCCUCUACGCUGGUUCCAUGUGGUGAAAAAUUACUUGGAAAUAGCACAUCAGUUCGAUCAUAAUGUGAGCAAUGUCAAAUACAUGCUAACACGUAUGACACCUGGCAAGUCCAAAUUUUACCAGUUUUUUACUCGUUGCAAAACAAUGCGGGAAGUUGACCAUGUUGCAGCCCAAUUGAGUGACGAGGGAACUAUGGUCUGCGAUCCGACGCUUUUUCUGGACCAAUGUCGUCAACAAGAGAAAGAGGCUAAGAAUAGGGCAAAUCAAGCGCAUUCACAAGACGGCAAGCAUAAUGCGAAUUCGAAUUUCCAAAAAAGGCAUCUUCUUGAUACCAGGGAUAGCGAUUUGAGUCAAUCUAAGAAAUCAAAGCAUUAG